AUGCACUGCAUAGAAAUGUAUGCAAAUCGCAUGCAAAUAAACCCCGGGGCUCUUGGGAAUGGCUUGAUUGGGGGAAGACUGAUCUUCCAGGCGCCCCCAGCGGCCUCCAUUUUGGAUGACAGCCGGUGGGGGCAGGGCGGCGGGUUCCCGGUUCUGGCCCCGCCGCUCCUGCUCACCCUCUUCUUCCUCUCUGCAGCCAAGAAGACCUGCUCAGACAGCGACUUCACCUGCGACAACGGGCACUGCAUCCCGGAGCGCUGGAAGUGUGAUGGGGAAGAGGAGUGCCCUGACGGUUCCGACGAGUCUGAGACCACCUGCACCAAACAGGUGUGUCCUGCCGAGAAGCUGAGCUGCGGCCCCGCCAGCCACAAGUGCAUCCCCUCGUCCUGGCGCUGCGACGGGGAGAAGGACUGCGAGAGCGGCAGCGACGAGGCCGGCUGUGCCACAGUGUGCCCCCCCAGUGAGUUCCAGUGCGAGAACCGGACGUGCAUCGCGUCAGUCUUCGUGUGCGACGGCGACGAUGACUGCGGCGACGGCAGCGACGAGCGGGGCUGCCCGGCGCAGGGCUGCGGGCCGCAGGAGUUCCGCUGCAACGGCAGCACGUGCAUCCCCGAGCGCUGGCUCUGCGACGGCCAGGCCGACUGCGAUGACCGCUCGGACGAGGCUCCGGAGCGGUGCGGACGCCAGGCGGGCACGGCGGCUCCGGCCACCUGCAGCCCCGGCGAGUUCCCCUGUGGCAGCGGCGAGUGCAUCCACCUGACCUGGAAGUGCGACGGCGACGCCGACUGCAAAGACAAGUCCGACGAGGCCAGCUGUGCCGCCGUGGCGUGCCGCGCCGAGGACUUCCAGUGUGCGGACGGGACCUGCGUGCCGAGGGCCAGGCGCUGCGACCGGGAGCCGGACUGCGCGGACGGCAGCGAUGAGGCCGGCUGCCUGCAGGAGUCCGUGUGCGAAAGCCCCAGCAGGUUUCACUGUAAGAGUGGCGAGUGCGUGGACGGCAGCAAAGUGUGCGACGGUCGCGGAGACUGCCGCGACGGGUCCGAUGAGCCGCUGAAAGACUGUGCUGAAGUCAGGUUCUGUGGUUUUCCAGGUUCUCGAUUCACUUUGCAUCCGUUCAGAUUAGUCUUGCCCUCAUCGGGAGGCUCCCUGGGACCACCAGGGGCGACAGCAGAGCGAGGACCAGACCUGCAGGACAGGGUGUUCUGGACAGACCUGGAGAACGAAGCCAUCUUCAGCGCCAACCGACUGAACGGCCUCGAGAUCUCCGUCCUGGCCGAGAACCUCAAUAAUCCUCACGACAUCGUCAUCUUCCAUGAGCUGAAGCAGCCGAAAGCUCCUGACGCCUGUGAGCAGAGCUCCCAACCCAACGGCGGCUGUGACUAUCUGUGCCUUCCUGCCCCCCAGAUCUCCGUGCACUCCCCCAAGUACACCUGCGCCUGUCCCGACUCCAUGUGGAUAGGCCCAGACAUGAAGAGGUGCUAUCGAGCUCCUCCAUCUACCUCAACUACAACGCUGGCCUCCCCUACCACGAGGACCCCAGGCGCGCGUCUCCCCACCAGCCGCUUCCUGCCCCCAGGCCAUACGGGGGCUCCGAGUCCUGGAGAUGCCUCCCCGAGCCCUGGAACACGCCACAGCAAGCCCACCAUCAGCCCAUCCGUGCCAGGGCUUCCCAGCCCAGGAAACAGCAACCACUCCCAGCACUAUGGGACGAUGGGUGGCAAGUUAGUUUCAACAGCCACCGCCGCUAUCAUUGGCAUCAUUGUUCCUGUGGGGGUCAUAGCCUUGCUGGGCAUGAGUGGCUACCUGAUCUGGAGGAACUGGAAGAGGAAAAACACAAAAAGCAUGAACUUUGACAACCCUGUGUACAGGAAGACAACUGAAGAGGAGGACGAGGAUGAGAUCCAUAUCGGGAGAACAGCGACACAGAUUGGGCAUGUCUACCCUGCGCGGGUGGCACUGAGCCUGGAAGACGACGGGCUGCCUUGAGGGCCCUCCCGUGCCUGACCGGAUCCCACGCCUGCACCGGCCUC